UAGAAACUGUGUCUAACGAUCAGUUAAUUUUCUAAAAAUGUUUUAGGCAUUCAAAAAGAUUUCGGCAUUCAAAUGAAAUAAUAUCCAUUAGCUAAUUAAAAUACACUUUCAAAGGCACAGAAAUAUGUAGCUGGAAGCAUAUUAGAUUAAUAAAUGAACUGCCUCUAUAUGUCCUAAUUUUAACUAUGUUAUGAAUGAUGCAGCUACUGAUGGGCAUCCUAUACCAGAGGGUGUGCCCAUAAACAUUGGGAAUUAUACUUGUCCUGGUGUUAGAGAUCCUAAAGUGAAUACUGAAUGCUGCAGUAAAGCUGGAAUGAAUGGUUGUUGUCCACCUGAAAAAAGAUAUUUUUAUGAAAUCGACUCCAGGAUUGCUGCAAUUGUAGCCAUAACUGUUAUAACAGGUUGCAUAUUUUUCACUGUUGUUAUUGCUGUUUGUUGCUUCUGGUCUAGAUGUCCUCUUUAUACAGCUUGUAGAGUUGAAUAUUCACCUGAAAUUGCAACUUAUGAAAGUAAAGGAGAUAGUGUGAAUAUGGAUACUAUGCCUGUAGAGUUAACUGGCAAAGGGAGCAAGUUCACUCCUGUUAUAAUAAGUAAUGGAAAUCUUGACGCUGACAACAAUCCAUUAUAAUCUUUUCAAGAGAAAAGGAUUAUGCUUGUAUGAUUAAUUCAGAACAGUAUCAACUUAUGAGAGAGAGCUUGAGGCUAUUUUAUUUCUAAUAUCUUCAUAAACAUUUUUGUUACUGUGAUAUUUUAUGAUAUUUAUAUUGUACCAACUGUUCAAAUAUUUUUUGAACUUUAUUGUGUACUUAAUAUUUUUAACAAUCAUUUAUGUGUAUUACUUUUUCACAAUCAUUUGUCAUUUGCUUGUUAUCUAGAUGAUCCAAAUAAUUAAUCAGUUGAGCGAUUAAAACAAUUGAAUAUUGAAUUUAAAAAAAUUCUUUUGUUUAAAAAACCCUAAAUUUUGUUUUUAUUUACUUUUUAAAACUUUAAUUGAGUUAGGAUAAUGCUACUAUAGCAGUUAUAGUUUUAGAUAUUUGAAACUUUUGAAUUUUCCAUUAAAAUACUAACAGCUUUCACGUUUGGUUUCAGGCAUAUUUAUGUUCUGUGCACUUAACAAAAAGUAAUAAAUUAGUAGGUUCAGUAUUUUUUUUAGAGAUAUAUAUGUGUUAUAAUAAUUUUAUUUAUCUUAUUUUGCCCUCACAUUGCUCGUGCCAAAUCACAUUAAAGAAAAUAUUUCAUGUUAAGAGAUGAAAAUAUUAUGUAAUGCUGAUAUUUAUAAUAUACUAUAUAUUUUAAGUGAAUCAUUAUGUAUAAUUGUUAUUGUGUUAUAUAUUAUGCUAAUCUUAUUAAAAAGUAAAUCCUGUCAUUAUCUGCACAGUUUUUUCAAAUAAGAUAUUAUUGUACAAAAUAUUUUGAAAUAUAUUUGCGAAUUUAUGUUAUUUGCCAAUGGUGGUCAUGAAACAACACAUUAUUGCUAGAAAAUUAUACCUAGUAUCAAGAGCAUAUUUUAUUCAAGACUCUGGUAUACCAGAAUUAAAAAUGGUGUUAAUGCAGAAAAACAAAAAUAAUGACAUUAUUUGUGCUUUUAGCUACUAUUUUAACCUUAUUUAUGUACAGAACUUCAUUAAAUUUUCUUUAUUUCACUAUUUCACUGCUUUUUUCCAUGGUUUUACUUUAGGUCGGGUUGAAAAUCAUUUUUUCCCAAUGUUUCUAAAGAACAUAACUAUACUGAAAUUUUUUAAAUUAAAAAAAGUUCUAUAGAUGUGCAUUGUCUUUAAAAAAUUUUGUUGCCUUUACAUUUUUCAUCUUGAUUUUAUCCAUAAUUAUAAUUUUAAUCUUGAUAAUUUUAUGUUAAAUGAAAAAAAACUAUACUUAGUAUACUCUGAUGAGUUUACAAUUGAGUUACUGAGUAAAAUUUAGAAACAAUGAUUAACAGCAUGUUAUUAUAUUUAUUAUUAAAAAAAUCACUAGUAAACUUUUUCCAAUAAUUUUUCAACCUUGCAAUGUGAACAAUGGCAUUCUAAAGAAUUUUGUUAAUCACUCCAAUUUUGUAUUUUCUCAAAAUUUUAAAGGUGAUGCUUGAGGAAAAACAAUCUUAAUUUUUAAAAAAAUUUGUGCCACUUUUUCUUGUGUUCUUUUUCAGAACUGUAGCAAUAAUAGAAAAAGAUCAUUUUUUGACACACUUCCUCAUAAUUUACCAAAUAGAACUUUAUUUUAACCAUUAUUUUUUUUUACCUGAUACUUUAUGAUCAUCUUUUAUAUGUAUUAUAUUAUCAUUAUUUCUGAAUAUCCUUAAUUUUGCAAAAUAAUCUGUAUUUAUCAUCAAAAUUUCAAGUAAGCUUAACAGUGGAUGAAGUCAGAAAAAUCGAAAGUGUAUCUAAAAUGAAAAAAGAUGCUGUUAUUAAUAUAGUAUGUGGAUGUCUCUAUUGUCAUUAGUUUACUGCAUGCAUAGUUUCAAAAAUCUCAGAUGCAUUAAUUAAUUUAUUUUAAUAUACAUAUAUAUUUGUAAAUAUAUUUUUUUAUGCGUUUAAAAUCUGUAUGUUUGCGCAUUUAUUUUAUCUUCUGGUAUUUUAUGAAAUGCAUAGUAAAUUUCAGCAAAGUGUAAAGUAUCCAAACUAAGUCAUAAUUAUACAAAAUACCAUUUUACUAAGUAUUAAAUAGUUUUACUGUAAAGGUAGAAUAGUAGAUCGACAAAGUAAUAAAAACAUGAAUGAGUUGAUUUAAAUUUUGCACCAACUUUCAAUCUUUUUCCUGAGCAACUAUUAUAAUUAAAACAGCUUGAGUUAAUAUAAAUUACAUAUCUUCCUUAAAUGGAGUCAAGUUAAAUUGGCUUCCUUCAUACCUAGUUUCUGCAGGGGAAAAAAAAAAAGAGUCCCCCAAAAUUUUAGUUUUUUGUUUGUUUGAAAUAUUUAAAAAAAAUGAAAAUUAAAAAUUUUGCAAGUUUUGUGAAUUUUUCCAUAUCUGCUUUAGAAACUUUCUUUUAUCACUUUGCUUAAAUAGAAUACACCGUUUUGCUUAAGGCAAAUUUUUCAAUAAAAACAUUAUCAAUGCUUUUAUUUUAUACUUUGUUUUCAAUGCAUUUGGUAUUAUAUACAAUACCUUGAAAUAAAAUGAAAGGAAGAUCCUGUUAUUUAUAUAAAAAAUAAUAUAUAGUACUAUAUAUAAAGCAAAUAUUUAAAAAAAAUAUCCACCUUUAGACAUAGUAUGAAAUUAAUUGAAUUAUUACUUACAAUGCUUAAAAGCUAGUAUUCUUUAAGUUGACUGUAUUUCUGUGGAAUUCCUGCAUUUCAUUAUUUGGCUUAUAUUUAGCGAACUAUUUUUUUUACAAAUGUGAUAUGAAUUUAUAGUCAUUUUUCGAAAUAUAGUUGUAUUUACACUUUUACAUUUUUAUUUACAUUGAGAGAAUUUUUUAGUUUAAAUCAUUUUUCUAUUAUAAUAGAAUAUAGUAAAUAUUCUAGUCAUUUUUCUACUUACUAGUAUUUACAAUUGUAUACAAUAUUUUUUUGAUUUAUAUUUAGAUGUAAUUCAAUCGCAUUUUACUAGAUUGAACUUGAUGUUCUUAGUUUGAAUUAUGUAGACAAUGUAUUCUAUUAUUCUAGUCCUGUUAAUGUGCUUUUGUUUUGUACUUGAUAUAACUUAUUUCUGUACUUUACACUUUAAUAAACUUUUCUACAUUUAAA